UUUCUGAGUAUAAUCUCAAACCACAACCCUCUCUUUCUUUCUCUCCUCAGCUACUCAGAAAAAAAAAAUGUCUGCAGAAGUCGAGUACCGGUGCUUCGUUGGAGGCCUCGCCUGGGCCACCGCGGAUGCGGAUCUCGAAAGGACGUUCUCACAGUUCGGCGAAGUGAUCGAUUCCAAGAUCAUUAACGAUCGUGAGACUGGAAGGUCGAGGGGAUUCGGAUUCGUGACUUUCAAGGAUGAGAAGUCAAUGAGGGAUGCGAUUGAGGAGAUGAACGGGAAAGAACUCGACGGACGUACCAUUACCGUCAACGAGGCUCAGUCUAGAGGAAGCGGUGGCGGUGGUGGAGGCCGUGGCGGCGGCGGUGGUUACAACAGAGGAGGCGGUGGUGGAUACGGAGGAGGCGGUGGUGGUUACGGAGGAGGCGGUGGUGGAUAUGGUAGACGUGAUGGAGGUGGAGGUGGAUACGGUGGUGGCCGUGGUGGAGGCGGAUACGGUGGUGGUGGAAGACGUGAUGGCGGUGGAUACGGAGGUGGUGACGGUGGUUACGGAGGAAACAGCGGCGGUGGUGGUGGUGGCUGGUGAUCAAUGAUAUGUGGUUUGUCUGAUUCUGCUAUGUGUUUGGUUUAGAUUUGGUUCCCUAUCCAUGUUUCGCUGGUUUUGGUUAUGUUUCUGGUUUUGUGGUUCUACAUGAUGUAACAGAUCGUUUAAAUGUCAUCUUUGCCUAAAACGAAAUGUUAGAUUCGCGUGUUGUUAAAUUGAAUUUGAGUUUUUUUCUUCUA